UCUGCAGCAACACACCUUACAAGAAACCAUAAGGCAUUUCCACCUGAGCCAGAAGUGAAAAUAAAAGGCUCUGACUUGGAGGAAAACUAGGACAGACAUUUCUACUGCUCGGUAAGUCAUGCAGACUCUACGUGACAAGAAGCUCUUCUUCAUCGACACUCUGUCUGCAGAUGCCAGCUUUGUCUUGCAGCAUGCUGAGCAGAAUGAAAUCAUCACUAAGCGGGAGUACAACAACCUUAACCACCCUAACCACACCCAGGAGAACAUCAUCAUUAAUCUUCUGGACAAGGUGAUGAACAAGGGGAAUGAAACAUGUCUCAGAUUCCUACAACUACUACAGCAUGAACAGCUGCAGGACAAUUUCCCUGGGCUUAAGGGGCAUUUCAGACCUCCACAACCAGCACUAAACGAAGAUAGUCCAGUCAAGCCACCCGAUGAGAUCAGUGAAUACAAGAUGUCCAGCGUUCCACGUGGUCUCUGUGUGAUCAUCAACAAUAUAGUUUUUAAACAACAAUCAUGCAACAGGAUAGGAUCUGAAGAUGAUGAAGAGUCUCUUGAAAAGGUGUUCCGCUGGCUGGGGUUCACUGUGGAGGUGCACAGAGACCAAACUGCACAGCAGAUGAAAGACCUCCUGAAGCAGCUCAGUCAGAAGAACCAUGAAGGUGACUGUUUCGUUUGCUGCAUCCUGAGCCAUGGUGGUGGUAAAGGGGUGCACGGCACUGAUGGAGGUGUCGUCCCCAGUGAGGACAUAUUCACUCCAUUCAGUGGAACCUCCUGCCAAAGCCUGGCUGGCAAACCAAAAGUGUUCUUCAUCCAGGCCUGUCGUGGGAAAGACUAUCAGCGCCCAGUUAAAGUCCAGGCUGAUAACCUUGAAGGAGAUGAAGCAGCAGAGGAAGCAGUGUUGGAAACGGAUGUUGUUGAGAUGUUCACCAUCCCAGAUGAUGCAGAUUUCUUUGUGGCGAGGUCAACCGUUAAAGGCUUCGUCUCAUUCAGGGACAUACUUUCAGGCUCGUGGUUCAUUCAGUCUUUGUGUAAGCAGCUGGAAACGUACUGUCCAAAGGGUGAAGACAUCCAGUCUAUCCUGCUCUGUGUGAAUGAAGAAGUCAGUAAAAAUGUUUCUUUUGGACCGCAAGAAGAAGUGGACGGCAAACAGAUGCCAGUCCAAAAAGUGACCUUGAGGAAGAAGCUGGUGUUCCGUGUUCCCUAGCUAGAACAACAGUGCCAUAAUACCACAACCUGUCCAUAAUGGGCUCUGUUUAUAAUUCUGUUCUGGACAGGUCUACUUUUUUCUGUUAUGCCAGUCCGUUUUCUUUAUUUCUGUUUUGAAAAAGGGGUAAACAGGGAAGCUAAAAUGAGUCAUUAGCGUCUAGUUUGGUGCGGCUUUAUACUAUAUCUGUUCUUCAGAAUUAGUAUUUAGAUGUUUUUCUACAAAUAAUCCCUGGAGUUAACUGGUUUUGGUUUUACAUAAUAAAACGAUGUACUGUGAAUUGACUUAUGAGCAGUAAAUAUGUGAAAAUAUGGGGGAACCAUUUUCAUGCAAAGAAGUAAUUAAAAAUCACAAUUUUUAAUAUUAAAAAAUUUGUCUUUAAUUUCUAACAUAUUUUUUCUCCAUUGGACCAAAUACACCCGAAAUAAACUGACUGAUUGCCUCUGUAUCUUUAUGAAAUCAUUUUUAAACAUUAGAUUAUUUUAUAUACAGUACUGUGCAAAACUUCUAUGCACCUGAGAAAAUUAUAUUUUAAAGCUAUAUACUGGGGCAGUAAGUAAUUAUUUGCUCAAAAAAACUAAUAUUAGCAUAAAUGUAAACAAUAUUAAUAUAAUAAGGAGUGAUUGUAUGGAUGUCAGUGUGUUUACCUAACCAUUUACUAACUUCUCCUCUUGGCAGCACAGCAUUAUUCGUAGUUAUCAUCCAAUACCUGGUUUGGCUCAAUCCUUCAUUAAAUUAAGGGUGGUAAUGGAUUUUAACAAAUCUGUGUGCUGGCUGGGAACAUGGAGGAGAACUCGAGUAGGAAAGCUCACAAGAUAUAUAUAUUUUUUUAAAAAGCAAAAGUGUCUCGCUAGUUUUUACUGCAUUAAUGUUGAUUUGUAAUUAUUGUAAUGGUAAAGGGUUUUAA